AUUUCACGUUCCAAUAUGGCCGCAGACUUCUGCUAUUUUGCGGAGGAAAUUGCAAAAAUUAUGCAAAAUUUGGCUGACUGAAACUUUGUAUUUAAUAAGUCAGCAGCUACAUGGUAGAAAAAUGUCAUGUUGUUCGCCAUGACCUCCCGUUAUCUUCUUGUCAGUCAAGUUCACGUUGUAGUGAAAGCGAAAACUUUGAGAUUUCCUCAACGAAUCGAAGAGGAAGAUCUUAUUUGAUAGCAGAGUGGAAAAAAGCUCAUCUACUUUGCGAAAAAUCUAUAUUGUUUAAGGUAAGAAUUUUUUCGUUGCAUAAUUUUUAAGGCUUUGGAUUUGACUAUCUUAUUAUUUUGUGUCCGACCACCGCGUUUCAUAACCUAGGUCAGAUUGCGACUUGCUGAACAGUUUUUCUCGACUUGAAUACGGGCAUUAAGCUUAUAUCAUAUUAUUAGUGGAUGUUAUUGAAUUCCUUUAUACACAUUAUGGAAUACCUUUACGUUUUCCUUAAUGAAAGCUUAAUCGGUGUUUCAAUAUAUGAUUUUUUAUUGCUUCUGUGUAAAGAAACCGCGGAGGUAAAUAUGGUUAUGUCGGUGAAGCAUAAAAGUCAGUUGCUUUUAUACGUAUAUAAGUACUGUUUUCUAAUUAAGCUAGAUUGCUGCUUUUAAAGUUGUGAUCGAAAAUAUUACUCAAGUGAUUGAAAGAUAAAUGGAUUUUUCAUAUUGAAGACCUUUCUUUGAAAAAAAAUUCUUACAAGGUGGAAGGGACUUCAAUCAUGUCUAUGUCUAUGUUCUAUGCAUGAUGAGGGUUCAAGUAAGUAUUGCACAUGUACACUCAAUAAAAAUCAUAUUAAUAAUAAUGUUAUUAAACUAAAAGUAUGUGAGAGUAUUUAUUGUAGUAAUAUGUGGAGUGAAAUGCUUUUGGAACACCUUUGACAGUGUUUCUGAUAUACAGCCGAGGAAAGCUGAAAGCUGUAAGUUACCUAUGUUUGGGUUCGACAAGCACCUUUCACCACCAAACGUCAUUUUGAAAUGUAAAUUUCGGAAGUUUUUCAUUAAUGAAUUCCUAAGGCAGUAAGGUUGAAAAGAAUACCCAAGCACAAAAAAGGCAAAUGCAAAUAAUUUUCUUUCACAAACAAGACUUUUGGUGAAAUGGGCUCAUCUGACAAACAUUGUAGUUGUUUAUUUAUUUGUUUACUUGAGUUCGCUAAUUUUGGCCAGGUCACCGCAACAGCACAUGAUGCCAAUUUCUGCUGGACCGGUAACAGUCUCUCCUCCUAUGAGAGAUAGACCAUCAGACUAGGGACUAUGUGUCCUACUCUUUACAAACAUUGUGUGGGUUCUUUAAUGUCCCACAGAAUAAUAUUUAUAUGUAUAAGGGUUGUGAGACAGGCCUACAGUUUAUCGUCCUUAUCUGAGAAGAGUCUAAAGUUUGACCUUUGCGGUUGUUUUCAAAAAGGCAGCACUUUCUGCUCACUUAGAGACCCUGAGUGUUGGUGCGGCCGGGGUUAGAGCCAGCAGCCUCCCGUUUGACACACCAGGGUUUAUCCAAUCUAGCUAACCGGGUGGAGGUUUUUGAUGCUCUGUUAAUCAUUAUAGUCGCAGUUUUACUGCUCUGUUUAUCAUUAUGGUACUUGCUAGACUUAUCAGUGUAUGGCCAGACUGAUGGCUAGCAAGCUACAUGUACAGUUAUCAACUGUCAGGUAAUGUAGCGGCGCAGGGUGCAAAGAAAAUCAUUUUUACAGCUUGCCAUUCGGGCAAGCUGAAGCUAGCAUUUACUAGCCCAGACGUCAUUUACUAGCCCCAAAAACUUUUUGUUCUUCUGUUAUUCAAAUUCCUCAUAAAACAUCACUUGCCCGUCGGGCAAGUUAAAAACAGAAUUCACUAGCCCGAUAGCAAAAUCCACUAGCCCCGGGCUAUCGGACACUACUUUCUUUGCACGCUGCGGCGUCAGUGAAAAAUGUUCUUUGAAUGGAGGUGCAUGUACAGUAGGUGCUUAAAAUAGUGGUCAGUAGGAGUAUACAGGCCUGCAAAAAUCUUCCCCCUUUAGAAAGGACAUAUGUCUGACCAGAUCCCUUUGUUAGUCAGACAAAGCAGAAAAGUGUUUGAAUGAAAAUCAUUUUGAGUUUUAAUUCCUCUAACUGCUUUACCAAACUUCAAAUCAAUAGUCUCAUUUGAUUUGUCCAGUAACCUCCAACUGCAGGUAGGAUUUCAAAGGAGUCAGACAUUGUCCAAUGACAGGAGCCCAUAACCUAGAGUGAGCAGCUCCCUCUUGCUCAUGCAACAGCACUUUCACACACCAGUCUAUUUUUAGUCAGAUUUUCCCCUUAAUUUUGAAUAUCAAAAUAUGAAAAUGCAGUUGAAUAGGCUAAGUUUGGGGCUCCACACUUUGGGUUAUGGGCUCCUGCCAAUGACCAACUAUUAUUUGCAACUCUCCCAGGAUGUAGAGAGUUAUUCUCGCGUGGAGUAAGGCAAAGUUAUGAUGCAGUUGGAGUGGAUGUUAAAUGACUUCAUAUUCAGUUUUGGUGCGCAAUACAAAUCUUUGAGAUAUCAUCUACAGAUCAUGUGGUAGCCCACAGAGCAUGCUAAUAAAUCAUCAUCAAUAUGCCCACAGUGUACAUGUACAAAUAAUUCUUUUCUUGCAAUAUAAUUAUGUAUAUCUGUAUUGUAUAUAAUUCUGUUAGACACUAGAAUUUGUAUGCAGCUUUAGAACCCUUGAAAAGCUGUGAAUUGCAAGCUGCCAAUUGCAAGACCUUGAAAGAACUUGAAAUUGGUUUUUGAUCCUUGAAAGUCCUUGACUUUUAGUAAUUAAAGAACCUCUAAUGCUCUUUAAUGUUCUGACUUUUUAACCUUGUCAGUUCAAAUACAGACAGAGUAAGAAAUUGCUCACAAAAUUAAUUUUGUAAAACUCUCAUUUAUUUGUUUCUGGUGCUGUCUUGUUACUCUUGCAUGUGCGCAUGCACCAGAAAAUCCUCAAAAUGUCCUUGAUUUUUGGCCUGAAGAAGACAUAGUGUAUGAUCCCUGUAGACAUUUUUUAUUUUUGACCAUAGUUAUGGCUGCACUUGAACACUUUAGUGCCAUGUGAUUACAUUGUAUUGGGCACUGCCAGUUGAUCUUUCAUUUGUUUGAAUGGGUACAAAUGGGAGUCAUGUGAAUUCCAGUUGCUUAUCACCUGGUCCACUAAAUGGCAAUCAUGUGGUAGGAAUUUGUCAAAUGUUUAGUGAUCAUUUUCCCAGUUCAUUUUCAUGUUAUUGACAGUAAGCAUUUUCUGUUGUGAUAACACGCUAUUGCUUGUAUAAGCAGCUUCUGGGCUUGUAUAAGGUCAUCUGUUGUUUUUUCAUGUUGUUUCUCAGUAAAAUAUGUUAUGUUUAUAAUAUGCUUUUGUGGUACAUUUUUAGAUUGUUGCAUUGGAAACUUGAAGCACCAGCAACAUAAUGGCAUACACUGUAAUAUUUUUUAAGCAUUCUGGUCAUACUACUUUCGCUUUAAUAUUUUACAUCAAACUCUCUUUGGAGUUUUGUGUUUCUUUAUUGUGUUACAUAUAUUUUUUAAAAAUAAUAUUAUUACAGUCCAUUGUAGUUGCAUCGAGGGAAGGGUGGGAUGGGCUCAAAGAUUACCUUAUGUAUAUAACAUCUACAGAAUUGUUUAGAUUCUCAAGGUGAGACGUGAUCUGACUCGCUUAUUCAAGCAAUCCAAAAAGCCUAAGUGGAGUCAAUCCCCAGUUCAUUUUAAUUUAUUUCACAGUAGAGAUUGAAGCCGAUAUUCAAGCUGAAAAACUUCAACCUGCGUGGAAACUCCUUUUUCAGUUCCACCUCCUGCAAUCAUGGAAACCUUUUUGGAACUACAAAAACUCCUACAAAACCCAAUUUUAUUUUUAGGUCACUGAUGUUUUUAAAAGUAAGAAUUGUAAUACUUGUUUAUUGUUAUCCCAGCGAGGACUUUUGUAAAGCAAUAUGUUAAAUGAAAGGUACAUAAUAUAUGUGUGUUAUGCAUGUUACUUUACUCGCGGUCUAAAUCUCAAAGGUUGAUUUUAACUAUGCCCCUUUUGCCCUGCAAUAAAUUAUUACUGAGUAGUUUUUAGAGCUUUUAAGAAGUACAUUUUGGUAAAGAACAUGAUAUCACUGAAUUACAAACUAGCUACCAGGUCAGUAACGUGACUUAAGGUAAAACAGAAAGGCAAUGUCUGAAGAGAAACUGAAGAAGGAACCAAUCAUAAGUUAUAGUUGGCAACUUAUACAGCAGUUAAUUGCUUGAACUUUGUAAUCAUGUGCAAUGAUUGUUGUUGAUCGUGCAUUAAGGCAUUAUUAUCCGUUGGUCAUUAUCGGUCAGCUGUAGGGUUGUAAGUCUUCAACGAAAUAUCAUCUUUUCAAAUUUUCAUUAAAAACUGUUUUGUAUGUUUCUUUGUACUUUGGCGAUUUCCUUUUGCCAUAAAUAUUAAUUUAUUUGGGCAAGUGGUACACGUCUUAUGUUUAAUUUUUAUUUGUCCUUAUUUCAGAAAUGAACCGAACUUUACUUGUUGAAGAGGGAGAUGAUGAGGGCACUGACAACAGGCUGGAUAAGAAAAAGAAAGAUAAAGAAAAACUGCAAGAAAUAGCUGGUGGGUACAAGUUUCCUUCAAAUGUUUAAGUCAUUAAUCAUGAUAGAUUCUAAAAAUGCAAAGAGUAAGCUCUGUAUGAAAUUCUGGAACUUCAAGGUUAUUUGCAGUGUCAAUAGCAUUCAUGACUUGUCUUAGUGACCAUCUUAUGAGUUUUAACAUUAUCAUUUUAACAUUAUAUUGACUUAUUUAUUUGUGUUAUCUUUCCUUUGAAAGAUUACAGUAUUUUGAUUAUUUAUCUAUUCUAAGUCUUUAUCAUGAAUGUCUUUUAAUUACUUACAUCAUGUAUAAAUUUGUAUGUGGCCUUACUGUACAUGUACACUUUUAUGCUCUGUGGGAGCCCAAUGAUUUAUGAGCCUUAUGGUUUCUUUUUGGGCUUCCUCACCACAUUCAUUUGUUUCUGUGUAAUCUUGUAUUCUUGUUCUUCGAAUUUUGUUGUAAAGUACAUGUAAAUUGAAUUUAACUGAAUUGAGCACUCCAUUUGAAAAUAAGAAAAAUUAGAACUUUUUGUUCUUGAUAUACCUGCAAAUAAAUGCUCCAGUCUUUCUUGCUGUAGAAUGAACUUGGAAUUUUUGAGACUGCACUCAGCUUUUCUUUGUCAUUCUACAAUCAGCACCUUGAUUAAUUCGCCAACAAAGAACUAACGUGACAUAAAUAGACUCUGAGGCCCAGUCCAAAUGCCCUACACUGUAUGUAUUUCACAUUGACUGAGUUGAUUCAGAUACUGUUCUCCACAUGAGCUGAAUUAUUAUGAACAACUCCAGUGAAUAGACCCGACAAAAGAAUUCACAUGACAGAGGCCCUAAUUCACACUGGCCUCAUUGAUUCAGAUGCUUUACUCCACAUGAGCUGAAUUCAAUAAGAACAACUCCAAGCUUCAUACUAGAGUGAACCCAGUAAAUAAAAUUCACAUUGGUUGACAGUCAAAACUGUUUUACUUGAAUUUUCAUACUAGAAAUUAAAGUUAGGGACGGUUCAUUAUUUAUGAGGAUGACCGGGUCAGGAAAAAAAUAAUAGCUUUCCUCUUUCUUUCUAAAGCCCGCCCAAAAGGCAUUUUGUUUUUUCGUAGCCCGUUCAGUAUUUGGGGUCAAAUUUUUCAAAGCCCGUUCAAAUUGAAGUGAGUACCUUGUGAAAAUCAUUCAAUGUUUAUUUACGACUAGAGCAACUAGUGCAUGUUCGGAUCAAAUACACAACUGUUCGCUGUUCGAGUCAGCAAACAGCGAUAAAACGAGUUAGCGAUUACAAACAAUAAUUUAUUAACAUCUGUGAAAAGUGCAUGUUAACAAAUGCCAUCCAGCUUGAGGCAUUUCAUCGUUUGCCAAAUAAGUGAAAAAGUCCUAAAUAUAUCUUUGAACCCAGAUAUAUAACCAUUCGUAUUAAAUGACUUGCAAGAAGCGUUUGAAGUUUUCCAACCUCUCCAAAUAGAACUUCUUGUGGAGUAACGUUUCCCUUGAAAGUUUUCGACAUUUUGUUAAAGGAAUAAGCUUCCACAAACAUGUUUUUAAACACGUUCGCGAGACGUUCACGAGGACAUUCAAAGCUUUGUUCCAGGUCUCUGUUGCAGCAGCAAGACAUGGGAAGACUGGUAACUAAUGUCCACAGGGCAUGAAAAAAUGAAACGGAUUUAUACUAUAGUGUUUCAUAUUAUGUUCUGUUAUAGCGACCCGAAUUAUUUUUUUUAAAAAGUCAACUGUUUGCGAACUCAAUCAAAACCAUAAAAUUCCUCUUCAUCUGAAUCGCUUUGAAAGACAAACCAUAUCUUUUCACUUUCAUCGAUGCUAUAACGUUCCUGUUCGCGUGAUGAAGUCGCGAUCGUGUCUUGGUCUGAGUCAGGCCCACUUAACAAUUCUGCAAGGACAAUAUCCUCCUCACUUUCAUCAUCCCCUGAGCUGUCAAUUUCCUCGCUGUCAUCUUCCGUUCCACAUUCCUUCGUCUCCUAGUCAGUAAACUCAAUCGUAUCUUCCUGUUGACCAUGGUUCCCGCGAAGCACAUGCAACGAGACUCUCCGUAUCUUUUCAGCUUUGGUGCCGCUGCUUACCAGUUUGUAAUGUUUACUUAUUCAGCUCAGAUACAAGCAACUUUUUUAAAUCUCCAGACUCUACGAGAUCGCGCCAGGCAUAUUCUUCAAACGUUUUGGACAUCGUUUUACGCUUUUGUUCUGCGCGCCCUCCUGUUCUAAUGCCGCUUUGUAUUUUAAGGGACGGACCAUUAGAAAACUUCUUGGGGGGCUGGCGAAGUACAAAAAAAAAUUCGCGCAAGGGAAAAUUAAAUGAAAAAAAAUUCUUGCACGCCAAUGAACCCUAAAAAAUAUUCAUGCUAUGGCCUAAAAAAAAUUCAUACAAGGAAUUUGAUAACGAAAAAAAAUUCCUGCGGCUCGAAAAUUCCCCUCCCCCCCCCAUAAGUUUUCUAAUGGUCCGUCCCUAAGAUCUUCUAAACGGGCAAUGUAUGCCUUGAUCAAGUGCGGCUCCACGGCUAUGCGGACGGCUCAGUUGUUUUUUAAGUAUGAAUGAACAGCUUUAUAAUGUCACAGCUUGUCACAUUUACAAGAUACAAAAAUUGUUCACGUUUUAAAAUAAUAAAAGUUUAUUUCCGAGACAGAUAAGAAUGUAAACCUAUUUUUGCAUGAAAUAAACGGAACUUGACUGGCAGACUCCGCAGCACUGUGGUUCGUGCAGAAAAAAUAUUUUCAAUUCAGUAGGAGUUGCAACUUGAGAUCCUCGAUCAAAACAUCUUGUUUUCUUGUGUACAGUCUGGCGGAGUCCAGAUUACAAGCUCUGAAAUGUCAAGGAAUAUAAACAACUAUAAAAGAGCAGCUCACAAAGUACAUUUGUGUCAUUCCGUGGCCUGUCAAAAUUCUUGAGUGUUUGAUCGCAAAGCGCGAGCUUUUUCUUGCGGGUAUAUCCCUGCAUUACCAAAAAUAUUGUAGCAAUAUUUAUUUGAUAUGAAAGUAGGACAAUUUACCGGGUGAAUUUUCAAUGACGAAUACAGUUUCCAUGUGUUGUUCUCAUCAAACGACUGCCGCGUUUCUACCACAGUUUUAGUUCAUGUUGAUUUUUUUUUAUAGCCCGGUCUCUUUGUUCAAGAAAAAAACACAAAGCUCGUCGCCACGGCAAGAAAAAUUUUCAAAGCCCGUUCGGUUUUUUCCCGACCCGGUCAUUCCCAUAAAUAAUGAACUGUCCCUUAUGGGGUUCAAGAAAUUCCUGAAUUUGAAUCAAAGACAGACUGUUAUUCCUGGCAAAGCCAGGUCAGAAGAAUGGCUGUGCUGAUCUGACUUCUAAAAGCUGGAAUUUUUGGACCAAUGUUACUUUUUUUGUUGUUGUUGCCUUUUUCUCUGGUGUCCUUAACUGAAUGGUGCUCAUUCUGGAAUGGAUUGAAAGAUCUGUUCACCCUGCACAAAUUAACUGACAAAGUUGUCCUUGAGGGUUAAAACUGGUGAUGUCACAAGUAGUAAAGGGACUUUAAUCUGCAAGCAGGGUUAGGAGUGGUUCAGGGGUGAAUGGGUUAACAUAUGUUUGCUUCAACUGGAAAUCUCUAAGACUUGAGCACUGUUAUUUUCUGUGUACAUGUACUUAAAGGUUGUGAGCAGAGCUGUUUAUUGAAAUGACUUUUCAUUUUAUUUGCUGUUAAAUUAUUCUUUAGAGAAAAAGAAGAAAAUGGGAUUUAAAAAGGCUGAUGGAAAAAGAGAAUUUCAUCAUUCCAAUUCAUUGACAAGUUCUUCAAAAGUGCAGCCUGCAGAUGACUUAGCAGAUAUGGCUGCUGUUAACCCUGAUGCUGAAGGUGUAACUUCACCUGUAGAAUCCCCCGCAGUUAUUGGCCCUGUGUCUCCUACUGGUUCAAAGAGCUACCAAGGAAGCAUUAUUAUCCCUCCACCACCAAGAGCAGCCACACCACAGCAAAUCCAACCUCAAAACCUGCAGCAAAGAGGAAAUUGGCACCAACAACAGUAUCAAGUGGCAGGCUAUGUAAUGCCUAAUCAACAGCCACAAGUUCAGCUGCAUGGGCAAGUACCUCCUGGUCACUUUAUGCAAUCUCCCUUUCAAUCCCCAGGCCAAGCUCCUCAGCAGAUUCAAGGACAGUAUAUUCCACAGUCCUACCAGUAUUCCCAGCCUGGUGGGGUACCUGUGUAUGGUAAUCAGGUUGUUGCAGGAUCUCAUCACACAAGUGUGCUGACUAGAACCCAGUCCUUGCCUCCGUCAGCCUCACAUGCAGGUAAUUCUUUCAAAUAGCAGUGACAUAAAUCAUUUAAUAACAGGUUUUUCUUAACCUGAUAAAACAUCUUACAUUUCACAACAACGCCACUUACUUCCCUUCAAAAUGAUGUCUGAGGAAUGAGUGAAGAAAUUCCAUACUGACGACAUGUCACAACCCAGAUCUGGGUAGUUCUUGUGAUGGGCCUUGCAGUGAGGGAAAUUUGUUUCACCCAAUUAAAAGCACUAUGCAGAAUGAAUCAUGAGAAGUGACGUGUCAUCACUAUGUAAUUUCUGUGCUCAUUCUUUAGAUGUAAUUUUGUGGGGAAAGGCUGUGGUGGCAUUGCAAAAUGUGGGCUGUUUUCUCAGGCUAGGUUUGUUUAUACCCUGAUACUAUAAAUUAUUUACAUAAUUAUUUGAAGAGUUAUAUCAGGGCUAAAACUGAACUCCAGUGCUUGGUGGCCAGCCAGAUGUCAGUUUCCUUGAAUUCUUAGUGGCCCAGGUCAACAUUAGUGAACUUAAGCAAAGACGUUUUUGAGCCAUGCACGUCAACUGGAAGUAGACAUCUGUCAUUCUUGAGCGGUAUUUUUGCCCAAAUUUUUGGACAAAUCGUCUCUAUAAUAAAAAAAGACUACGAAAUACAAAUUUGGUAGCAUCAAUUUAUUUUCAAAUGAAAAACACCUCACUUCCGGUUGGCGUGCGUUGCUCAAAAACGCCUUUGCUUAAGUUCCGUAUUAAGUGGCCGUGGAUUUCAUUGGAGGCAGCUCACAGUCACAGAGAAAUCUCCACAUUUUGCCAGUCUUUUCAAGUUUAUUUAGUAUUCCAAAGCUGUUCACACGUGGGAGCCAAGGAAGCGGCAGUGAUGAAAGCAGGCAACAAAGUACUAUGAGUAAGAUGGAGUCAUGUGAGAAAAAUCAAAAUGGCGUCUUACGGAUUGGUUCAGAAUUGUUUAGGGUUUAAUCCUUUUCCACUUGAAACUAUAAAAUGUUCAUAGGACUCAGAGAAAUUGGAUUCAGGGCAAUGAAAGAAAGGUAGUCCAACUAAACAACGUGUCAUUUUAUUGUUAUUUUAAAUUCGUACUUGCAAUCCUAAUAUAAGCUUACAUUGGGCUGAAUUCGAAUUCAUUUUUUUUUAUCGUAGUUACCCGCCGGGCGUUUCAACCACAAUUUUUCAUUGCCCAGCUACAUUUUAAGUCACCACUGGCAACCUGGUGAAUUCUAUAAUUUAUUAUUUGAAUCAGUUGAAAAAAAAUUGUUUUGAUCUCUUAUCAGUGGAGCAAGUUCGUAUUGCAGGCCAACCAACUUGGGGUGCACAUCCACCAGCUAGCCAACCAACCGUCAACACCACAGAAACAUCAUGGGCAAACAAUCCUACAGCUGAACCUAGAGAAGAAAGUAAGGUUCUUGAGCAUGUGCUGGGCACUUGACUUUUUAUUCACUCUUGUUUUGGCUUGUGCUGUUGUGAAACUGUUUGGUGACCUGCAGUCGGUGACAUAGGGCCUUUCCGACAUUUUACUGACUGCAAAAGGGGGAAAUAAAGCUUUCUCCCUCCCCCCUCCCCCAUCCAUCCAUCAUUCCAUGCAAUGUUGUGCCACUGUUCAAGCUACCUGUAGAAAACAACAAACACCCCAACUUUGAAUUGAGGGGAGGGGGAGGGAUGUGGAUUGUUUUGUUCUCUGAAAUUACCCUAUUUGAGUACAAUGUCUCAACAACUUUGUCGCUGAUUGUGUAUCGAUGCAAGUUGGCAUUGGAUUAUUCGAGAAAGAAAUCCACCUCCUUCCAUCUGAUGGCAAGAUUUUUUUAGCCCUGCUUCUUAAAAGACCACCUAAAUGCUGCCUUUCUGCCUGAACUUUUUCUUUUUUUCUUUCAAUUGAGCCAAAGCAGAAAGCACCGUAAAACUCUUUAAACUGCUGUUUGGUUGGUGCUUCAUGUCAAACUGACUUUGCAUUAUGUUUUGUUUGUUGCAUGAACUGCACAUGCAGUGGAUGCAAAUUCAUGAGAAGCUUAUGCAUUGCAUGUGCAAAUUGUGCACAGAAUAAAAGACACAUAUACUUCAAAAGCUGGCUUUUCAUAAAGCACCACCCAAAUGGGAAUUUAAAGAAUAUUAUGGCUUUUUUCUGCAAGAUUUUGUUCAUUGAAGGCAAGAAAGUGUUACUUAACUUUAUGUCAACAGAGAAAAGAAAAGUCUAAUGGAGGUUCACUUUCAACAGACUAUUAAUUUUUGUCUUGGCAAUUUUACAAAACUGAUUUUGUUUUAUGACCUCUUCAAUCAUGUGGUGCACAACUGAAGAGGUCAUAAGACAAAAUUAGUUCUGUAAAGUCACCUACAGUAGAUAAAACGGUGUGUUUAUUUUUCUUUUCACUGUUGACAUAUUAUAGCUUUUUUGGCUUUAACCCAUGACCAUAAUAUUCCCAGGGCAAUUAACCCUCUAUCAGAUGAGAUUUUUUACUUGUGAUCUGUCAGGAUAGUUUUUUUUUGUUCUGAAGUAACCCGCUUGCCAAACUUACACCAACAACUUGUUCAGGGCAUAUAACAUUAGUUGCUAAAAAUGUGAUCUUACUGUAGGAUCUUGGAGGGAAGGUGAAAACCCAUCAAUCAACAAUGGUAUCUCUAAUACUCAGUGGACAGCCUUCUCACCUAGGGACUCACCAGGACAGUCUGAACCUCCAAUACCAGUGGUGAAUGAGGUAGAUGAAGAGCACAGCUCCAGUGAUGAAGAUGUGGAUCGCAGCAGUUCACCAGAGCUUGCAGGCGAAGAGGGGGAAGUUCUGCUAAGGUUUGAAACUAGGCACCACAGUAGUUUAACCCCUGGGGUUCACUCCUGACCAGGGCUGAGUUGUUUUCAAAGGUAGAUAACGCUAUACUAUCCACUGGAUACAUCUCUACCUAGUAGUUGUGUAACUGGUUUUCCCAAUACUUAUCUGCUGGAUAGUGAUUUAUCCCAAAAUGAUCCCUUUCUUUCAACUAUGUAUGGAAGAUACAAAUUUAUUCUUUGUUACGCCUGAUAUGUUUAUAUCCUCUACACUGUGCUCCUGUUUAUUCAAGAACAGAACAAAAGCAGAUGCCCUAACAAAAUAAUGAUACAAUGUAAUACACACAGCCUUAAAAAAAUCCCACUGUUCAACCAUGCCCCUUAUAAAGUCAUGUCUCUUAUUUGUCACAUCACAAAAAAAAAAAACUGCAAUGUUACUCAUUUGAAAAAUCAGAAAUGCAUAAGUUUUAGGCACUUUGAAAUUUAACCAUUAAAGUAAUUUUUGGAUGUUGGCCAGAUAAGAUGACCUGCCAAAGAAAUUUUUGCUUGGUCAAGUCUGGUUUUGUGGCCAGUCAAAAAUUUGGAAAGAAGUGAAUUAAUCAUUGUGUCACUUUAUUAAUAAUCAAACGUGAUUGUAUUUUUACCAAGAGACAAAAUCUAAGAUUUACAGUUGAGGUUUUAGCUGUUUUUUCAAAAAUAGCUGGGUGACCAGUCAACAUCACCAGCAACUCAUAUGGAGCUUUUGGCUGGCCAAGACACCAUUCUGGCCAGACAUUGUUGAUUGACUGGCCAAUAUUUUGACCCCUAGGACUUUUGAAACAGAAAGCCUAAAUCUCUAAUUUCAUAUGUGCAAAUGUACCCCAACUAGUAAAAUGUUUUAGCACACCUGAACUUAUUUUCAUCAAAUUUCCAAUUCAGGGCCCCAUCACUUGCAAGCUUUGCAGAAAGUAUAAGUAGUAUUGAAGAGGAAUCUGAAGAUAACUUGUGGCGUAUCUUACCAGAGCAGAGAGAAUAUUAUACAAAGCAGUUCAGAAGACUGCAACCUAUUGAGGGUGGAGUAGUCAAAGGUACAUUGUAAUUCAUUCAGAUCAUUAUACGUUUCUGGAAAACUGCCCACCUACCCCUCCCCUGAGCCAACAUUAACACCUACUUCUUACUUAGGGCAAAAUGUCGGCUUAGGGGAAGGGUAGGUGGGCAGUUUCCCCGAAAUGUAUAAUAAUCCAUUCAUUCUACAGUCAAACCUGUAUUAAGUGGACCUGUAAAAAGUGGUCACCCUGUAUUUAGCAGUCACAGUCUUGCUUAAGUGCCAAAAGUAAUUUCACAUAAUUUCUGUAAAACUGGCCUGUAUUAGGUGGCCACCUCUCUUUAUAAGUGGUUGUGGUCACGUUUUCCAUGUCCCAACAAGUUGUUUUUUAUUGCUUUUACCUCAGUCUAUUAAAUGAUCAUUUUGUCAACAUAGAAGUGCAAUAGAUACACUGUGUAUGGCAUUUAGUGGUCUUUUACUCUACUCCUUUUGGCACAAGAAGAGCUAGAAACACUUUGAGGUCAAUUUGUCAGGUUUUGGAUACUGCACUUUGCCAAACCUGUAUUAAGUGGUCUGUUGGCCAUUCCCUAAAGGUGACUGUUUAAUACAGGUUUGAUCUUAUUCAUUUGACAGUGCUCCAAUCCCAACUUUUCUCAAAAUUGCCUUUUAGUGACCUAAUACUUUACAAUGCUUGCCGGAAACAAAAUAAUGGUGCCUAGAGAAAACAAACAAACAAACAAACAAAACACACCGUGCAAUAUGUGCAAUAUUAUUUUGAUAAAGGGUUUGAAAUAAUGAAAAUGUCUGCCCAGAUAUUGCAAUUUUGUGGUACACAUGAUAAAGAAAAAAAUUGGAGCCUAAAUAAUAAUUAUGUCAUACAUAGGAAAAUCUACCUGCCCUGGACUACUGAAUGGGACUUUUUUUGAGCUCUAAUCUACAAAGGGCUUGAACCCUGUCCUUUAUUGAUGAAUUUGUUAACUAUAGUUAACAUCAUCUUUUUCACAAGAAGCAUAAUCAUUUUUUUAAAAUAUUUUUUGUGCACUGGCAAUGAUACCCUGCUAAUGAGCACAUAAUUAGGACUGGCUAGUAACGUUAUACAAACUAUAAUAGAGACCUUAAGAUCAAGUUUUGGCCAACUUACCACAAAAUAUGACAAACCAUGGUUUGCGUCUGGUGGUUUCACCUUAUCUAUCUGCCCAUAUUUGGGACUGAAGACUAGGAGUUGGUAGCUCGCAGCUGCAUGUUUGUUUUUUUCAUUCUUUCACUCUUAUUUUAGCUGAGAACUUGUCCUUAAGUUUAUGUUCCUAUGAAAUAUUGUUCAUUAAUAAUUAAUAGUGAAAGAUGUGGUAAAAUGUAGUAUUUUCUCACAAAUGUGGGAUUGUGAUGUUUUAGAGUGCAAAAAAGCCUUGCAGUGCAUCACUUACCUAUAGAGCGUGGUCUAGCCCUACAAAAUUAAUGUGAACCUCAAGCCACAAACCUGAUGACAAGGCAUUGGUCACAGGAGUUCUUGAUGUUUACGCCUCGCGGGAAAUGCUGAAAAACCUUGAUCUUAAAGUCUGUAAUGGUGAAUCUUACAGAGCUGAUCAGUUUUAUUGGAAUUGUACUCUAUGUAUGGACUUUGUUUUAUUAAUGGGAUUAAGAACACUGUGUGUGUUACUCUCAAAUAUUGUUUUUUAGGUCCAAGGGCAAGGGACUUCUUCAUGAAGUCUAGUUUACCUGUAGAGGUGCUCUCAAAGAUAUGGUAAGGCAUUUGGUUCUAUUGCUUGGGGAAUAAUUUCUCUUUAAUUUUUGCAUGUUUAAGAAGUGUGUAUUAUUUGAGAUUUUGGACCAAAUUUUGUAUUUGCAUGUUCGCCCAACAAGUUUUCCCAAUUUUGGAUAAAAACUUUGUUCUAAAAUUUCUUUUGUUCUAUGGCUUUCUUACUUUUGUUUAUUUAUAUGUUGUGAAAAGUUAAUCAGGUCUCUAAACUAAUCUUUGAUCCCUCAGAGGAGAAGAACAUAAGAAUGAAAGGCAUUGACUGUAGUGAAAACAUCACUUAAGAGUGCAUUAAUUUGUGCUGUUUCAACCUUCAUUUAUCUGAUUGCGUCUCAAUUUGCCAAAUGUUGGCAAAUUUUUCUGGAUUUGAAUUCUAAAGGAAUAUAUUAAAAGGUAAAGAAAAAAAUCAUUGUCACGUGUUUAUGUAUUCCAAAAAAUGUGAAAUUAGGAAGUUUCAUAUCACAGUUAUGCAGUGACAGCAAAAAAUGAACAAAAAAGCGUGAUACACAUGCAAAGUUGUUGUUCAACUAAUCUACACCUAUUGCUUAAUUUGCCAUUCACAAUACCAAUGCUGAUGCUAUUGUUGUUGCUUAUGCUCCCAUUUGAUGGUUAGACCUCCUGUGGAUAAGUGGUGAUUGUGGUGAGAUCAACUCUUUUUUGGUCACACUAUGACACUCCAACAUUUUUUUGUUUUUUCAGGCACCUCUCAGAUAUAAAUAAGGACAAUGCUCUUAAUUUGGAUGAGUUCUGCAUUGCAAUGCACCUUGUGGUAGCAAUGCGACAUGGUUUAGAACUGCCUUCAACUCUACCUAGUGUUCUUUUACCUGUAAAUAAGGAGACAGCUGUUUCAGGUAUCUAAAUUUAUGGCUCAUCUACAACUCAGUCAAUAAUUGCUGCAUUGAGAGAAGCAAGGGUAUUUAAUUAAACUUUUACAAGAGUAAUUUACAAGUGCGGUUAUUAUUAAUUUUUUUCGUACUUCAAAACAGUAGCUACAUUUGUAAAUUACACUAGUAAAAGUUUUAUCAAAUUGACCACUGCAGUGUUUGAAUUCAAACGUUCGGAAUUUUUUACUUCUCACAGAGGUUAUUUGCUAAACACCACAUUUUUAAUUCCUGGUGUCGGCUUUUCAGUAUCAGGUCUUGAUUGUGCAAAAUUCGGCUUUUGUCGAUUUGAAAGUUUUUUGUUUAUUGUUGUCAUGGUGAGUUACUUAAAACUUUAAAACAAAUUCUCUUGGUGGUGAAAAUUUCAUACCGAUCAGACAAGGAUAAAAUCACUUUUAAAACGAUUGAAAAAUAUCGUUGUGGUGUCCGAAAAGCUGUAUCUAGCACAUUAAACGGGCUGGCCUUUUUGAACCACAGAUAAACGUGGUUAUCCUGAAAAAAAAAGUCCUCUUUAAAUUCAAGAGUAUAAAUUUUUGUAAAGCUGUGCAUGAUUAUAAAAUGGUACCUGGAAUGAAGCCUUCAUUAAUUUCUGAUAGAAUGUUAGAUUCUCCUUCCAUUUAUCUUGUGUAUACUUGAGAAUCAAAAGGCGAAUUUGGUAUUAGAUCACAGGUUACUUGGGUUGUAAUUCUAUGCCCUUAUUUAUUUAUCUACUUAUUUAUCAAAGAUAAAUGAAGUUCCAAACUGAGCUUGGUGCAUGAUCUGAUAUGGGCAAUGUAUUUUCUAAGUGGAAAAUUUUUAUUGUGCUAAUUGUUUGAAGAAUAGGGAAGAAAGUCUGGAUAUUUGUCAUCAAAUUUGGAAAUCAUGCACCAUUUUAGCCUGUUUGGUUCUUGUUUCUUUAGCCCCAGUCCAUCCACUUGAAAAGGUCCAAGGAACUGAACAAGAACAACAAAAAGAGCUACAGAAUGUUUCCUCUCCUGAUGUAAGUUUCUUUUUGUUUCUUGCCUUUGUUGUUGUGUAGUGUACUGUAUUUGUUCUACAUUAGCUUGAAUUUAAUUUCUUAAUUUCUUGUAGUUUUCUUUUGUAUACAUGUAGUUCGACUAGUCUAAGAUUGUUUGUUCAUAGUAAGGGUAGAUUUUUUUGCCUAAUUUUGUUGGGUCAGCAACACUUUAGAAGAAUUAGUGUCUGCUCCAUUUAUUUUAUGAAUAAGAAUUCAAUUCUUUUCCUCUACUUUCCUUUCCUUUUAAUUAUCUCUGGCUUUAUCAUUCGUCAUAAAAAAGGGUGCUCAUCCAAGUUUCCAUGGGCUAGCUUUUUGAUCAGAGUGUGUAAACGGUAACGAUCAAGUCGCCCGAAAGUCAUCUCGCCAGAAGUCAUGUCACCCAAAACCAGAGUUAUGCCGCCCGAAGUAUUUGGUUAAGUCGCCCGAAAUUUUAAUAAAGAAUUUAUGAAAUAUAUCUCGCUCUAGCAAUAGUGAAAAGAAACAAGCAGGAUAAUUGUGUAAUAAAGUCUCGUUCUUUAAACAACGAUGCUAUGAGACGAAACAAGCGAGAUAAAUGAGUAAUAUAUCUUUUUCUAAAAGAUUUGGUGAAACGGAACAGGCGCAAUUAAGAUGUUUGGAUGUUGUUGAGCAUGAUAAAAUUUCGGGCGACAUAAAUCUUUUUUCUGGCGAAAUGACUUUCGGGCGACUUGACCGUAAACUUAAAAAACUUACCAUAAUUAUGCCAAAUCAAAUUCUAUAGCACCUCAAUUAACUCUCACACCUCUGUCAUGCUCUUCAACGUUUAAUCGUGCUUCUUAGCUCAAUAUACGCACGCUGACCUAUGAAUCAAUUGUUUAAUGCAAGUUGCAGUGUAAGCACUGUUAAGCACUUUGUACACUGUGUUGCACUUCUAUCUGUCUGUCUGCACAGCACUGGCAACGUUUUAGUGAUUCUCUUGGUCGCAAUGCUGCACCAUCGCCUGCAAAGAUAAAUCAUGACUCUGCUGUUAAAAGGAAGGCAGUAAGUUUGUUCACCUCAAUAUUAACUAUACAUGUAAUAAAUUUCUUCAUAUCCUCACCUGUUUGUGAUCGAGGUGAGAUAAUGUUAUUCUGCAGUGAAAAUAUCUCAAAUACCGGCUUGGUUUUCUUCGUGGGUAGUGAAUGUGUAGAAACAGGCUAAACUCAGUUUUGAGACGACACUAAAGUUUGGUAAUGAGGAUGUUGGAGAGGCUGUGUAUUCCGUAUCGGGCUCUGAUGUUUUGGAGGCUUGUUAAGGUCAGGACUGAGAGGUGUAUUGAUUUACCAUUUUUCCACUGCCACCCAACCUUAGAAGUCGUAAUCAGUUAGAAGAGGAUUCCAUCAAGCAAGCAAUGGGAAGAGCGCUGGCUUUAGCCGGUAACCUGCGAAAUGUGACUGAGGGAAUUUAGUUCUAAUUUCACAUCAGUUUGACCCCCAAAGUGUUUUUGCCUAUCGUUGGUGUGAAGAUCCAUGAGCGGUCGGUUUAUCAAUCGUGUCGUAGACUGCAAAACAGUCGGUUCUUUUCUCAAAAUCAGUAAAGAAAUCGGUAAAGCGUAGCGUAAGAGUCUUACGCGCGCGAAGCGCGCGAAUCUCACACCAGUCUCGCUCUCUGUUUCAGCCUCGUUCCAGACCUUUUGUUUGACUGCUCGCGCGUACUUGAAUACGCAAAAAUGCGGACUGUUUUGUAGUCUAAUCGUGUCGGUAUGUUUUUGUAGCGCUCAUUGGUUCAACCAGUACCGCAUUUGAGUGAUAUCCAAGGAGACGAAGACCAUGGGGCUGCUAGACCAAGAUCCCAUUCUGAAUCAUCUUCAUUGGACGAUGCUGCAGAUGGACAAGCUGUUAGAGGUGAUAGCAGCCCUAACAGUCCCAUAAGACCUUUGCAUAUUGUGAUGCCGUCCCCUCAUACUCAGCAAACUGAAGUACCUCAAACGGGGCCAACAAGUCCGAGUCAAGCAGUAACUGCAGAAAUAGAGAUAGCCAGACCAAGAGCAGCUGUCAAACCCAGCUUGCUUGACGCCCUUCCUGGUCAGCUGUUACCGCCGCCAUCAGGAAAACAAACCCGUGAUGGGUGGACACCCACCAGUAAAUUUAUAUACCAAUCCUCACCUCCAUCCUCACCUGAGGACGAGACACCCACUUCACCUCUCUCCCCCGGGGAAAGGAAGACCCCGUCACCCCCUCCCACUCCCCCACGGGUGGCAGAAGAGGAAGAACCUACUAAGGAGGAUGCUAGUAAAGAAGUUGUUUUUCGAGCGAACAGGAGAAGCGGGGAGAGACCAAGAUCAACCGGGGAUGUGCAAACUAGUAAUCAGGAUGAUUGCGCGUCACCGACCUCUCCUGGAGAUAAUGAAAGUCAGGGCAGUGUUUCAUCUGAAGGCAGGAGAGAACCUCCUCCCCCACCCCCUAGAAAGAAAGGUCAUUCCAGGUCGUCUUCUUUGGAUCUAAACAAACUGUUUGCAGCAAAGGCCAAGGAGAAUAGAGGUAAUCAAAACACAGUACGGUCAACUUUCUCUAAGACGGACACGUCCGUGGCCGGCCCUGACUGUCCGUUUUAGAGAGGAGAGUCGAGGUAACGUGACACCAGUGAUUUUAAGAAACUAAAACUGAACCUAUUCGAAAUGAAUACACAUCUGCUUUACUUGUGCAAAACAGUAAAAAGUGGAAUCAUUUCUAUUGUGCAGUCAGUCCUUUAUUACAAGAAAACGUGCACGGCUUCUUGAUCUUAAAGGAUAUCAGCACACUGCGAGCUGGAGCAAGACUAGAAAAAUUAAAUUUUGCAGUUUACUUUCAUGUAGUCUGUUUUGUGGUACUUUUCAUUGCAUAAAGCACUUCUCAAGUGUCCGUUGACGGUUUCGAAAGUGGCUGUUGUCGUUCCUAGAGAGUUGUUCGUCUUAUAGAGGUGUCUGGUAAGAGAGAGUGGACUGUAUAUUCAUUUUGUUAUGUACAGUCAAUGGUUCAACCCAAAGACUACACGCAGGCUCGCAUUUACUUUCCAAGCACAAAGUGAAAAAAUAACUUCUUUUCCACGGGAGUUUUAGUCGUAGUAGUUACCCAUAACCAGUCGCCUGCUUUGCUUUAUGCCUGCAUCCCUGUUUUAGGGACGAGUCUCUGAUAUCUCUUGUUUAUGUUUGUUGUUGAAGGAACACCACCAUCAUCCCAGUCAUCAAGCCAUUCAAGUCAGGUUUGUAUUUGUCUCUGUAAUAAUGUUCACAAGCUGCUGAAUUGGUAACAAGCAUCAGCGCACAAGUUAGGUUGAAUUUUGUCCAAAACUCUGAACUCUCUCUUUAUUCAUUCUCGUUUUUGGUUACUACUGCUAUUUUAUCUUGUCCGAUACCCUUUGACCCGACAGCGUGCCACACCCAUCUCCCGUUUAAAAUAGAUUAGGUUUCAACAAGAAGUCGAGUGCUUACCUAUAUCAAGCUUUGGACAAAUACGAUUACGGUAACAAAAAAAAUGUGAAUAAGAGGGUAAACCAUGGAAAAUUGUGGACUAUUUGUUUUUUACAAUAACAUUUAUUUUUUUACGAAAAACCAGAAACAAAACAACCGGCUCUGCGUGACAUGUUACGUCAUUUCCAUGGUCUAUACUUUCAUAGACCAUAGCUCUCGACCAAUCAGCGCGCGAGGAUUCGAUCAGUUAUCGUAAAAUAUAGUAUAGACACAGCCUUAGUCAUGUUACCGUAGUCUUAUCUCUGGUAAAUAAAACAAUAGCAUGUACACCCUGUGGGGUUCUAGUUAUUCUGACAUUAUUCAAUGUACCAAAUCAUCUGACAGACUGGUGACAGUGGUCACCCUGUGAAAAGCGAACCCUCCACGCCGAGAAAUGGACAGGAGAAUUCUAGCAGCAGCGAGGCAGCCGAUGAAAGCGAAAAAGUACAGCGGCAGGAAGAUUUUGCGGACUUCAGCAGAUUCGAAAGUUUUGUGGAAGCACAAGAAACAGUAAAUGGAGAAGAAGGAAAAGUAUCGUCGCCUCAACCCAAGCUACAUAAAAGGUCGUUUUCCCUGGAUGACUCGCACGUAAGAUUAUUUUCUUCUUAUUAAGAUGAUACGUUGGUAAUGACCUGGUAGACUACGAGUGGUCUCUUAAUUUCCUUGGGGAUAUGAGAGUCAGUCAAAUGCGUAAGCGCUCGUAAAGGUCGCCACUGCAAGGAGAGGCAUCGUGUGACGGAGGAGAGAUUCGCGACGCCUCCCUUCGCGGGCGGAUAAUUUUCACUCGCGCUCGCUUUUGUGGUUCGCUCUACUACCCCCUGAGCAAAGUAGACCAACCACUCGAAGUUUAUUGACUUGGCAAAUCUGGAAAAUUUUAUUGCUGUUGGGAAAUGUUUUCCACUGUUCUGUACGCAAAUGUUUCCCCUUUUGUGCUAAACCGUGCCAGUUCUUGCAUUCCAUACGCGAGAAAAGGCCCAGGCGAAAAAGUGUUUUAUCGUUUACCCACUCGAAAAGAAAUAAUCUCUCCAUAUUUGGCCAAGAACCGAUGCAAAGGAGACUAAGCGCAGCCACGAGAACGACGCGAAAACGAUAGGAUUGAUAGAGAAAAGUAUAGCCUGUUCCCAAGGGUUUUAUUUCUUAAUCUUUUCUUUGACGUACUCCGUAAAACAACAACGACAAAACGGUCAGGAUUUAACUAAUGUAGCUUCAAAAUUUCACCCCCUGGACCUCCUGGGCUGUGCAGUUGAAAAUUCCAUAUUAAACCAACUGGAACAAUAUCAACGUAAUGUCUGAAUUAUCUUCUUUCACCCAACAUUUCUAAGUUUCCCAAAUGCUAAAAAGCUCUACAAAUAAAGGAACAAUUUCAACUUUGUUUUCCCUUUCAGGAUGUUGCGUGGUCUACGAUUCCUCAGAACGCUGCCACUGAAGGUGAGGCUUUUUGUUGCUUUCACAUGUGCUAAGUACAUUUACAGAAGUACGUAUGGUUGUACGUUUAACUUAGUGUGUCAGAAACUGUAGAACAUCAAGUUGACUCUGAAAUUCCUUCCAUAAACGUGGUAGACCUCCACGCCAUAUAUGGUUCUCUCCCUUUUUCCGAGAGGUUUUUCUCCGGGUACUCCUGUUUUCUCGUCUCCUCAAAAACCAAAGCAACACAACACUUCUAAAUUCCAGUCCGAACAGGAAUUGUACACGAAGAACCGUUUUGUAGAUGUGCUACCUCUAAAUCGUUAUUUUUUACUUACUUAUUUAUUUGUUUAUUUAUUUGAGCAAAGACGUUCGUUCCAGUGUUUAGGGUAUUUGCUUUUCUUUCUGACGAGUAAAAAACUUGAUUAACGGUAAAUUCGUUUAUUUUUAGUAACCACAACACCAAACAAACCAUCCCAUAACCAAGAGGCUUUACCCAGACCAGUUCCUAAGUUGGUAGGUUGGAUUUCAUGUACUUAGUGGUAUCUUAACGCCACGUUUUCAGCUAUGUAUGUUUAUAAACAGAGGAAAAUGGAGUUUGAAAGUUUUGAUGGUAAUAAGGGCCCGUUCAUUUUUAGUCAGGUCGGGCUAGGGGGCUGGUGGAAUUUUAAGGGAGACUAUGCCAAAUUGGAUGCCUCUAAAGGAGGCAGAUAAAUGAGGGGGAGUCACCAAAGAAAUCCCUUAAAGUUUUGCAGUGACGGAAUCUGUAAUGAUGCAAUGCAAAAACUAACGCUUAUGACCAUCAGAAAAUUCAAAUUUUCUCGGGUGAGCAUUCCUCCUUAUCCCCCUAUUUUCUUGUAACCCAGUCUCAUUGCAAAAACCGUCAAUCUCAGGGACCGCAGAGACUAUUUUUUUAGUGGUAGGGACCCUUUUUCUCCAUAUAAACGACUCCUUCGGCACAGUGCACAUGAAUGCCAUUAAUUAUUGAAACCAGAGAUUUUUUUUCAGUUUAGGCCAUCCCAAUUUAAUGCUUCGUUUCCCAUCGCCCGACUGACCCAUAUUAAUUUUUUGGAAAAGUAAAAAAGAAAAUUUCCAGAAUCACUUGUAAAGAAGCAAGUACUUUAAUUUACAAGCACACGAUCUUGUCUUAUUAACACCAAUUGUCUUAAAUUAUCAUCGAUACUUCGUUUUUUAGCCUUUUUAGACAUUUGAUAGUCCUGUUAAUAUACAUCUUUUACCAUCUGAUUAUAUCUUGCAGACUAAACGUGAGAUUUAAUAUGCAUUAUUGUGUUCAUCCUUUUUUUUUUUUUUUUUUUUUUUGACCGACCGACCGACCCACCCACCUUAUCGAGAGGGAGGGCGAUGGGAAACGAAACAUUUCAUGGGGAUGGCCUUACGCAAAUAGACCUUGCGUCCACACGAAACCUGUUACCUCACCCACCUAAACCGCAUCAUUUUUGAAACUGCUCUUCAGAGUAGUUUGAGUCCUUGUCCACACGAUUUCGGGUGAAAAAUAUGUGGUUUCAAAAGUGUCCGUAUUCGUGUGGACGGCGCGUUAAUCUAAUUCCCGGUUGAGUGUGAAAAGAGCCACAAAUGGGGCGUAAGAAGUCUCUGUUAGUGUCACCCCUAGUGUGCUGCCCUUGUUAUUGGGUGGCUAAUCUGUAGAGAGAGAUCUUUUAAAAUAGAGGGAUAACUUCUUGAUCCCCCAUCAACAGCCGCGAUGGCUUACUGUAAACAGAGCACGCGUAGUAGUGGACGCAUGCAGUGAGUCCCUCUCUCUACACUGAUAAUGGCUGGAAAGUUUAUUGCCUGUUCAUUACACAUGUAUCUUUAGUGAAAUUCUUAAUUUUGUCUUUUUCCAAAGAAACCUUUGAGUCCUCCAACCCUAAAGCAAGGUAGAAGACAAGAGAAAGAUGGCGAAAAAGAAAGAAAACGAAAAACAGAGCCUCCAAAAGUUGUAGUGAGGUAUGCUAAGCUCCUCUGAGACUCUACUAACCCAGUUUAUAGUGACGCAUGUUGUUCUGCACUUUAACAUACGAGUCAGUUGUGAACACUUUUUAUAUUAAUUUAGUUCUAACUCUCAAGUUUGUGGAUAUAAUCGUAUAUUGUGACGAUUCAAUUAAACCCCCUUCAGCUGAUGUAGUUCUAACUUUUGAGUCUGUAAGUUUAACCCUGUGACCAUUCAUCUGAAAUCUCUUCAGCAGUACUUUCACAUGGUACUACAGUGAAACCUCUAUUAAGCAGACACUAAGCCGGGUCCCGAAAUUAACGUCUUAUAUUUUCCUUUAUAAUGAACCCCUAUUCAGCGGACGCGGACACUAAAAUAAAUUGUAUUGGCUAAUUUCUGUUGUUAAAAACCUCUUUUAUGCGGACACCGGACUGAAUUGACAAUAGUAGCAUUGGAUUACGCCCUUGAAAUACGUACUGUAGUCGAUUGAUAAAGAUAAAUCAUUACAUUUAGCUGUGAAAAGUUCACCUAAAAGUCUUGUACAAAGUACAGCACAGCUUCCUUAGCUUCCUCAACAACAUGGAACUUUAUCACAGUUCAGAGUAACCGUUGAAUGUUAAUCGUUAGCGAACAUUGCGCAAUUUUUACAAACCUCUACUAAGCGGACACUUGGGAAGGUCCCGAAGGUGUCCGCUUUUAAUAGAGCUUUUACUGUAUUUAUUUACUAUGAAGUUCUAACUUUUCAAUUUGCGACUGUAAAUUAAAUCUUAUGGUCUUACCAAUCAAAUGAAACCUCUUCAGCAGUACUUUUAUAUGGUACCUUUUAUGUACCACGUUAUUUAAACUUUGAGUUUGUGAAUGAACUCCUAUGGUAUUACCAUUCAAAUGAAACCGCUUAACUCAGCUGUUAGCAGUACUUUCACAUGGUACUAUUUAUUUAAUUCUUAGAUCUAAUUUUUGAGUCUGUGGUUGAAAUCCUAAGGUGUUACCAUUCCGGCAUAGAAAUUAGUCUCUUAAGUAUUACUUUCACGUGGUACAAUUUACGGAUUAAUUUAGGUUUCUGGGAAACUGCCCACCUACCCCUCCCCUAAGCCAACAUGAAUACUUACUCCUCGUUUGCGGCAAAAUGUUGAUUUAGGGGAGGGGUAGGUGGGCAGUGUCCGAGAAACCUAAAUUGUUCCCAAUUUACUUGGCACGUAGUUUCAAUACCUUUUAGAACUGUGGGUGAAUCGUAUAGUGUCACCGAAUUCGACUUUUUUACGACGUUUUGAAACUUAAAAAAGCGAUCAGCUCUGCUAUGUAGCUUGUUUUGAAACACUCUUUUAGUCCGGUUAUAAGCGCCCCCUCCCCCGUUUAUUAGCCCUCCUCAAGCCCUCCUAAGUAUUUAAUGUUUAUUUAAUAGCUUUGGUCUUUUAUCAAAUUCUGUCAACUGAGAAGAAUGGAGAUCAGUCUGGACAAUGUCGAACUGGGGCCAGAAGAAUUAUCUGUCUGAGACGGAUAAAUCGUCUAGAUAUAAAUCCGGUGUUCAGACAAACUUGAUUCGUCCGUCAGCGCUAGAUGAUUUAUCCGUCUCAGGCGGAUAAUUCGUCUCUCGGAGUAUAAAUUCGGCCAAAUUGUAUGUGGAUACCAGGCCUCACGGGUAAAGGCUGGUUUCCAUAAUAAAUUAUGAUUCUGACUGAGGAAAUUUUCCCAACCAUCGUAGCGGCAAUGUGUGGAAUUUAAUGCGUUUGCUUUGUUUUCCUUUCUAGACCCUUAACCAAGGAGGACAAAUUGAAUGCGAAGAUCGGUGAUCUAAGAGAGAAAAACGCUGCACUUUCAAAAGUUAACAGUGAACUUCAGGAGGAAUUAAAAUCGGUACGCUUUACUUCACCUGUAAGAACCUUGUCACAACAUUCCCUCUGAAAACGUGAAUAAGGGAGUUAACGCAACUUCGACGACAAAGGCAACGAAAGCGUUACUUGGAAAGUUUUCUCCUCCACUAGCUUUCCUAAGGUUUAGCCGGGAUCGCGUCGCCGUGUUUGUUUCAGUUGUCGUUACCGCACCGGGCGCCAUCGGAGUUUCGUAAGGUCACUCUUAAUUUCAGUACAAAACUAUUCAGUUGAAUGGGGAGAGGUUUCAUCAUUUUGAGCUUAGUUGACAGUUAUGACUUUAGACGUCACUCUGUAUUCUUGUACAGAAAAUAAGCGUGUCCUUGCCGUCAACCCUGAGGUUUCAACGGACACCUGCAUGGACAAUUAUACAAACCGGGUUCCACUACCAAAUAGGGAGUUUUUGCUGCCAAAACGGCGACGGCUUCGGCACGAGAACAUCAAAAACGAAAUAGUCUUAGGUCCCAUCCACGCGUAUCCGGAUAGCCGUUUUAAAACCGCAAAUUUUUCUUUGCGGAUUCCAAAAUUUCCACGUCCGCACGUAACGUAUUCAAAUCGAAUUUGCCCGUCUACACUUAUCCAAAUUCACUCUCAUUUCGUGAGGUAAUUUUUAAAGCGAUCCUCGGCUCAUGCGAAAAUGUUGUCGCCAUUCCUCUUCAAUAACUGUUUCGCCGACAACAUUGUCCCAUUAAGCACUAGCUCGCUCGUUCAACUUGCUUACGUCGUCCAAUUGUCCGUCCGACAUGGAAAGAAGCCUUAGAAUGUAGAGCCACCUUUUGACUUCAUAAUUGAAGUGUACAGUAAUCUUAGUUAGGUUUAACUGUACACAGGUUAUAAGACUUGAAACUGAAGUCCAAGUAACAUUGCGCUCGGCACCGCAGUUGUCCCUUUCGUAAGAGGUCGCUGCUAUCUUUAAGACACUUAGAAAAUUUUUACCCUGUUAUUGAAAGCGUUUCUACUAAAAAGAAAGAAAAUCGCAACCCAGGGUAGAACCUGGACCUCGAACCCAGACCUUUCGUAUCCUAAUCUCUCUCCCUUACCACUACAUUACCACACCGACCCGCCAAAAUUCCGAUACAUUUAAGUACAUACACUAGCAAACUUUCUUUCUUAACUGUUACAUCAAUAUCAGGUGUCCCUAGCUCUUUCCAUAAUUUUUAACGUAAAUUCAGCUUGGGCCGUUCAACUUCGUUCUUUCUGAGACUGUUCAGAAACGUAUUAUUUGCCUUAUUGUAACUUAAUCCAGACAAUAUAUUACAUCCAUUUUGGCUCAAGGCUUGGUUACCAAUGGUGGCAUCGACCGUUAAAAAUGGCAGCGAUCGUUUACGAAAGGGAAAUAGGCCUCGGCACUAUCUUGAAUAUUCAUGGUAAAGAACUGGCUCCAGGUGUUUAAAAGCUGGAUCGCGCCAUCCACCGGAUAAAUCACUCUCCAACGGAUAAGUAUUAGGGAAACCAUUAGAGUUAUCCCGUGGAUAGUGAUCUAUUAUCCGGUGGAUAGCAUCCAACUUUUGAACAACUGGGGCCAGGGGUCGAUCUUGCUGAUUCGUAGCGUAUUCAAACAUUUCCACUCUGGAAAGCGGAUUCAAGAAGGUUCGGAUUCGUAUCGCGGAUUCACCGGCAACGUGUGGACGGAAGCCGAAUCCAGAGAGAAAAAGUUGCAGAGUCAAAAAUAUCCGGAUACGUGUGGAUGGAGCUACGGAAGUGAGGACGUAAGCAAGAGAUGACGAUUUUUUUUUUCUUCUCUUUCUGAACUCGGAUAUGGUUCUUCAACUCCAAAAGAGUUCGCUUGCAUUUGACAAAGUAAGUCAGUUGGAAUAAUCGCGGUAGAGAUUGAAAGAAGGCGAAUUCACUUUUGCAUCUUGGUAUCUUAAACUUCCUGAUAAAAAAUUAUCACUGCGAAUGGGCCCUUAGACGAUUUAAUUUCUCAUUUUUUUGGUCUUUUUUGCAGGUAAUGGAAAGACGUGCAACACUGGAAGUGAAAUUGAAGCAGCUAAGAUCACCUUUAUCGUAGAGAAUACAAAUAAUACGUUAUUGAAACUAUAUCUUUUUUCGUACUGAAAAUGAACUGUCGUUUCUUCCCUGAAUAUAAAGCUGCGUUUAUGAUACGAAUAUUUUGGCGCGGUUUUUCGUACCGUGAAUAACACACUCCUCUGUUUCUACGGUUUUAAGAAAUAGUCAACUUCAAAUAAUGUUUUAUGCGCGUUUUUUUUUUUUUAUCAGACUAUAAGUUAUCGUUUUCUUUAGCCAUAUUCUUAAAGAAUAAAUAGGCAAAAUGGUUUUUGUAAUAGAUUUUAGGGUAAAAAUCAGCGAUACCGGGGAAAAUUUCUUUGCGAUGAGUAUUAUGAUAGCCGUCAGGCGUGUUGUCAACUAGUAGACUGAAUACCGCUGGUUUUCCUUCUAAAAUAUUUAUAAUCAAAGUAAAAACAUAGCGUUAAGAUAUAAGAUGGGUAGAGAUAUGAUUAAACAUCGAAUUUUGAUUUUUGCCGGCGUUUCUGGAGUUAGCUGUCUUUUCCAGUUUCGAAUUCAGGUGUUAGAGCGAUUUUCGUACGACCUUGACAGUGAAAAUGCGCGAACGAAACAGAAACAACGAGCGGAUACAAACGCGCGUGGCUUUUGGUUGAUUAAGCGAUCGCCUUCGGGUGAAAAAACUUCAUGCCUGAGAACUUCUAGAAUCAAUCGAUACUUCGCUUUGACGUCAUACUGCAACAGAUUGGUCAAUCGAACAAUGUCUUCUCCAUAUUAGGGUUUUCUUUGGCGGGAAAACGAAGAGGCCAUGUUUUGUUCCAUUGGCUGAUAAAACAAAUAACGAACACUUACCUAAACCAUUUUUCAAGGUCAUACGAAAAUCGCUAUAUGAUAUGUGGGUUUCUUGGAGACAUAUUAAAAUGACUUGACUCAGGUUAUUUUCACACGGCACCGGACGAAUUUCGACCGGUUGAGUAUUUGUGAGUUUAGGUGUUGCGUUCACACGGAACCACCUUAAUCGUUUGAAAUUUAGACGCCUAGCCGUUCAAAGUUCCGUGUGAACAGGGCGAAAACAUUGAAAAGUUGCGUGUGAAUUGGUCACUGAGUUCUAAAUGAUAGUAGAGACCUUAUUCGAGGACGAAAACGACUACGAGUACGGGAUUUGAAUUAAAGUGUUUUGCGUUUUGUCAAAC